GUCAUAGUAACCGCCCGCGCCGUCUGGCUCGGGGUGGGGAUGAUGGCGCCUCCUCCUCCUCACUCGUCCCGCUGUUCCGAGUCUGCGGCGGCGGCGCUGAAGCAUCUGCAUGGCGUGGAAAAACAGCUUCAGAAUACAAGACUCCUAUUCAACAAAGAAACUGUCCAGCACCUUGAAGAUGCUGUCAAAGCCAUUAAAAAAUUGGAAAAGGAAAGAAAAGAUACAAUUGAAUUGUUGGAAGAAGAGACCAUAAAAAACUGUAAUCUCCGUAUCAAAGUCAAGACUUUCCCAGCAAUUGUUAUGAAAGAAUUUGAAGAACUUGUGGCUGCUGCCCAACGAUUUCAUGUUAACAAGUUAAGAGAAGUAGAAGCUUCUAUGAAUGAAACUAUUGCUGCAGUACAAGAGGUGUACACAAAGCAAAUGUUCUCUGAAGAACAAAAUGAAACACUGUGUAAAGAGCAAGAUCAAACAUGGGCCAAAUAUAAUGAAAUUGUGCAAUUAUUAAACCAACAAAUGGCUAGAAAGCAUUCCAUGAACAUUAAAAUAAAUGAACUUCGUAAUAUGACAAAAAAAGAGGAAGAUGAAAUGGCCAUGGAAAGGAUUGCCAUUGAAAACCUAAAGCAAGUAAUGGCUACAGAAGCCCUUCAGUUUAAAGAAAAGAAAGCCAUGUUACAGCUAGAGAUUGAAGAACUUAAGGAAAAACUUCAGAUGAGAAAAAAUGAGGCUGCGGAAAAAAAGAAAGAAUUUGAUGAGUUGCUUAAAAUACUAUGUCGUUUACAAAAGAAAGUUUCAGAUCUUAAUCGGAUUUUUACUAAUUUGAAAAAGGAGUUAGAAGAACUAUUAAAAACCAUCAAAAAUCUAAUACAAGAGCAUGAGAGGAAAAAGCUUGAGAAAGAGGAGCUUAUUAAAAAAAGGCUUUGUCUUCGGGGCAGUCUAGUUUCAUUAGAUGCAGACUUUGAUGAAGAAAAAGAAAAUUUGCUACAGCAGCUAGAGGAGAUUGACCGGAAACUGAAAGAACUUCAGGAAGUCUAUCAAAAAGUCAAAGAGGAAAAUGAUACUCUUACUACACAAUACCAAAUGUUAAUAAGUGAAGAAAAUGCUUUUCGUUCAGAAAGAGACAAACUAGCAGCAGAAUUUGAAAAGUUAUCCAAUUGGCUCACAGAAAAGCUUGACUAUGUGGCAAAGCGUGUGAUAGAAACAAAAAGUGCACAGGAGGAGAUGGAUGACAUGCAGGAUAUAUAUGACUCCACACAUAAAGCUUAUGCAAGAGAACUGGCAAUUUUAGAAGAAACAUUGAAAAAAGAAAGUGAUAAAAGAAUGACCAUCUCGAUAAAGAAAUAAAGAAGUAUACUGAGCGUCUGAAACAUCUCACUUCCAAGCUGCAAAAAAAAACAGCCUAUUAUAAGAAACAUGAAGCUAACUUAACAACAGAAAUCGGAGAAAUCGAGGCAAGCAACCUCUAUUUUAACACAUUUUUGUAGCUGUCUUAUGUUAUGAAAUACAUUUGACUAUAAAUACAUAAGUAUCCAGCCCAUUUAGAAUCAAAAGGGAAUAGAAGUAGUUUUUAAAAAGUCAGACUGCUAAAAAAGGUGGUGGGAGAAUACACUUGUGAAUCAAGAGUUUGCAUUGAUUCUAAGUUACUGAAGUGACUUGAGUUGGUUGCUGUGGACUGCUAGGAGAAGACAAAUUCAGUUUUCUGAUGCACUUUGAUGUGAGGCUUCCUUUAGAUAAAAACUUUAAAGUAAAAGCCAUGCAUUUCUUGAAUGCCAAAGUUGACGCUAAACUCAAAAUAACUGGAGAGAGAACUAGAGAAAAGAAGGUAUAAAGUUAGAUAGAAAUCAGAAUAACAAAUAGCUGUAAUUUAUUUACUUUAAUCAGUUUGCUUUAUUCAGAUAUAAGCACAAAUGGUACAAAUGGAUUUUGAAUGACUUUAGUUUUUUUCUGUUUCAUUUCAA